AUGAACCGCAGUAUCGCGAGGGCUCAAAGCAUACAUCGCGAGCGCCAAUUACUAGCACUACAAACCCUGUAUCCCGGUCAAGGCUACUCGGUCGAAAACAUAGCAGGAUCGACCACAAUCUUGUCGCCUCCAGCAUUCGGUCGGAAACUCAAUCACACUUACGAAUUUGCUUUGGACGGAAAAGUCACGAUCAAAGACCUGCGUAGAAUCGAGGCAGCAUGCGAGCGGAACGGCGGAACACCAGAAUUGGACAUGUGCGACUUUGCCGACAAGUCAGGGUUCGAUUUGUUCUCGAAUCAUUACACAGUCACUGGGUCACAGUGCGAGUAUCAGCAAUCUCUUGCCGACUUCCAGCGUCUACCCUCAUCCGGAGACACUAUCAAGAUUGAUAUAGUCGGCCCCGACGAUCACGACACAUUUGUCCAAGCAUCUGUAGACGGAUUUCGCAGUGGCGGUCGUCCAGAGGAGCUUCUCAAAGUUUGCGCAGAGAGUGCUGCCGCCCGUUCAGAUACUAUCUUGUUCUCAGCUUCGAUAGCUGGUGAGAUUGUCGGCACUGCCGCAAUGGCCAUGAUCGAGACGGCAAUUAGCAAGAUUGUCGUUCUGUAUUGCGAUAGUUGUCUGCCGAGCGCCAGAGGUAGAGGUGUUCACAAAACCUUGCUUUUGGAAAGGCUUCGGGUUGCCAGAGACUGCGGGUUCGACCUGGCGUCCGCUACGGCAAGAGAGGGCUCGAUCAGUGGAAGAAAUAUGGAGAAAGUCGGGUUCAAGAUGGCAUACUUCUGCAAGACCUAUACUAAAACUUGUUGA